AUGAUGUUAAUUUUAUCAUUUAAUAUAGUAUUUUUUUAUUAUCUAUUUUAUUGUGUUAAUUGUUGGAAGAUUCUUGUUUUUAAUCCAAGAUUAUCACAUUCACAUGUACAAUUUGUUGGAAAAAUUGCUGAUAUUCUUCAAGAAGCAGGAAAUGAUGUUACAGUCAUUCAACAAGUACAAGCACGUAAAGUUUCUACAAUUGGUUCUAAAAAAGCUAAAGUUAUUAUAAUUGAUGGUAUGGAUGUUGAAGAAGAAAUAGGUUUAAUGAAAAUUGAUUUUGAUAAAAGUAUUUGGUCAACACAAGAAAAUAACAUUUUUACUGCUUCAAAAAUUCUUAAACAAGUUUGGAGUAUAAGUGAAAAACAAUGUAAAUCAUUAAUAACAAAUAAAGAAUUAUUAGAAAAAUUAAAAAAUGAAAAGUUUGAUAUUGGUUUUGUGGAAAAAUUUUCAUCCUGUGGUUUUGGUAUAUUUAAUAAAAUCAAUAUAAAAACAAUAAUAUCUGGUGCAGCAACAGGUUUUGGUGAAUCUUUUUUUGAUGAUUAUGGUUUAAUGUACCCAACAAGUUAUCUUCCUCCUAUAAUGGGUGGUGAAAACAUACCUAAAGGAUUUAGAGAAAGAUUAAGAAACACUAUAACUUAUUAUGUGUCUAAAUAUAUGUAUGUUGAUGCAUCUAUUCUAUCAACACAAAAAGCUUUUGAUGAAAUUUAUGGAUCUGAAGCACCAGAUAUUCAUAAAUUAACUAAAGAUGUAGCUUUUACAAUUGUUAAUACAUCACCAUUAUUAGAUUUUCCACAUCCUAAAACUUCUAAAGUUAUUGAAAUUGGUGGUAUAGAGUUUGAAAAUGACAAUCAACUUGACAGUGAAUGGGAUAAAAUAUUAAAUAAACGAUCAAAAAAUGUAUUGUUAUCUUUUGGAAGUGCUAUAAUGUCUAAUGAAAUGCCAGAAAAUAUUAAAAAAGGAAUUUUUGAAGCAUUUAAAAGUCUUCCUAAUAUAACUUUUAUUUGGAAAUAUGAAAGUACUAAUAUAUCUUUUGCCAAUGGUAAUUGUUCAAAUAUAAUUUUUAAAAAAUGGAUUCCACAAAUUGGAUUGUUAAAUGAUGAAAGAGUAAAUUUAUUUAUAACUCAUGGUGGAUUAAAUAGUGUAAUAGAAUUAGCAAACACUAAAACACCAGCAAUUUUUAUUCCAUUAUUUUCUGAUCAAAAAAGAAAUGCUCACAUGUUUACAAGAUAUGAAACAUCAAAGAUUUUUAAUAAAAAAAAUCUUUUUGAUAGUAAAAAACUUUCAGAAAGUAUUGAAGAAAUUUUAAAUAAUGAUAAUUAUAAAGAAAAAGCAAUAAGAUUAUCAUCAAUGUUAGCUAAAUAUCCAUUUGAUGCUAAAAAUACUUUAAUAAAAGCAUUUAAUUUUGCUGGUUCAUUUGGUAAUGUAAAAGAAAUGGAUUUACCUUCAAUGGAAAUGAAUUUUAUAGAAUUAUAUAAUAUAGAUGUUUAUUUUAUAUUUAGUAUAAUAUCAUUUUUGAUUAUUUUUAUUGUUUUUAAAAGUUUUAAGUAUAUUUUAUUUAUUUUACCAUUAAAAAGUAACAUAAAAAAAUAUAAAAAACAAUAA